AGUUCCAGAAUCAAUAUUGCAAAUAACUUGAAGAAAACGUACGAGUUUCUUCCUAUUAGGCUUUUUCUCCGAGUAUUUUUAAUUUUAUUCCACGAUGGAUGGGGUUAAGAUCUCAUUGACUUUGAUUAUUUUCAUGUCUUCAGCUUACGGCUCUUUUUUACCGGUUCUUAAUAAUCAACUGAAUAGUCUUAAAUCUGAAGAAUUGUCUGAUUCAAAGGUUGCACAAAGAAUCGUUUCAAAAAUCAGUUUUUCAAAUUUAGCAAAAUUAUCAGAUCCCAUUGAUAAAGAAGGAACUUUUUGGAUAAAUCCGCAACGAGAAAAAAAGAGCCAUUACGAAUCUGUAAAAUUUGGUCAAUCGACUAAAAAUCCUGAAGAUGUUUCUAAUUUUAUUGAUCUCAUCAAUAAAAAUGAACCAAGUGUUAUGAAUACGCAAAUUAAUUAUCAUUUAGAAAGACAUCCAACAUGGUUUGGAUUUCAUAAGAGUUUCUCAAAAAUUGGACCAAAACCAGCAAAAACAAUCGAGAGAACAUUCAAUUCCAAUCCAUUUGAUUCAGAAUCAAAAACAGUUCCAAAAUUGCCUCUCCAAGACACUAAAUCAGGCUCCAAUGUAAACCGCCAACAAGGAACUACUGCAGAUAAAAGUUCUAACACCGAAAAAAAUACUAAUACAGAGAAAAGUUUCAAUGCAGAGAAAGCAUCAGAUAAAUUAGAUCUUGAUGUUAAUGAUCUACUAGUUUUUAAGGAAUUAUCUGACGAGUUGGACGAUUUUAGUGAAGAAAAGAUAAAAGAGGAACUAGAAAAGCAGCCCACUACGCAACUACCUGCAAUUCAACGACGAGGAUUUUUCAAUCCCCCCAUAAAAAGGAAAGUGGUUUCUCCAAUUUUUUCUAAAUCUUUUGAUAUUUUAAGACUACCUUUUCAACAAAGUGGAUUUUCUUUCUAUAAUCAAGUUCAAAGGACAAAUGCUAAUACCAACAGGAUUAAAUAUUUGGAAAUAAAAGAAAAUGAAAUCAAGAAUAAUUCAAAGGAACAUUUGAUUUGGACUGAAAAAGUUCAAUUUUUGGUUUUCAAUCAUUUAAAGAAGCGUCCGCAUCAGCAUUUUUAUCAGCUUCGUAAAAAAAAUUUCAAACCAGAGCGAUCAGUCGGCGUACAAAAUAUUCAUCCCUUUAGUAAUUUACCGAAACCUGCGUUCACAAUGACUAAAAUUUCAGUUUCACCUGUUCAAGGUCAUGUUGAAGAUUUAGGAUCUUUUCUGAAGUCUUUGAAGCUAUAUGGAAAAGAUAAUGGACCGAAAAUGAUGAAACUGAAUUUCAGGUCCGUGAAACCACCUCCUAAAGAGGAGAGCUUGUCCGCUAAACCAGUAAGUUUGUCGCGUCAGCACAACAAUUUAGACGAGGAUUCUAAACAAACUCAUGGACCUCAUUCAAUUUCCAUGGAAGGUAAAAUGAUAUUCGACACCAUUCAUGGACGAUCUGUCAAUAAAUUUGCAACAAAUAAGAUGGAAUCAAAAGAAAAAAAAGAAGUUGAAAAAUUAUCUGAGUUAGGCAUUAAGGAAUUGUGUAAGAAUAAUCUUGAUGGAUAUCCGAGAUUAUAUAAUUUUUUUGAAAAGUUUAGUGAUGCGAUUAUGUAAACUGCUCUAAGAUACAAAAUAGCAGAAUGGUAUACGAAUAUUCUGGAAAAAUCGUAUCGUAUUGAAACUCUACAACAACAAAAUAUUCCGAAUUCAUCACAACCCUAAAAGAUGCACAUUUUUUUCAUUAAAACACACGAAACUAUAAUACAGUAAACCGUCACUAUGAAGAAUUUAAAGGGACCAUAAAUUUGAGACUUCGUGUUAAAAAAUGUCAUGCUCUACGAGUGCUCAUAAGCCUUAUAGCUUAUAAUAAGGCCCGCACUGUUUCAGUACGUCUUAACCAAAGUUUCGUUUUAACCAAAUGCGUGUCAACUAGGUUUUACUGUAAUCACAUUUUACCUAAUGUGAACUAUCUAUGGAAAUAAUAUGCUGUUAUAAAUAUCAUUAAUGAAAUUAUAUUUUUGUAUAAUAAAAUUUAUAAUU